AUGAACACUGCUUCAUCUCAGCAACUCUACCAAGAUGUGACCAUUCUCACAAAAGAUAAAUAUUUACUGUCUGCACGAGUAUAUGAACCGUCUACUACUUCGGCUCAGCACGGAAACAAGAAGACAGCCAUUGUAGGAAGUGCCAUUGGAGUCAAGAUGAAUUUUUAUCAUGAUUUUGCAUGUUUUCUUCAACAUAAUGGUUAUAGAGUGGUAUUAUUUGAUUAUCGAGGAUGUUAUGAAUCCAGGAAUUUACUUUACAACAAGUACAAUCAACAUUUACCACCUACAGAUUUAAUUUCAUGGGGGAAAUUUGAUAUUCCAUCGGUGAUUGAUUAUGUGGAGCAAUUGGAUCUUGUUGUUGGACCAUUUGAAAAUUCCAACAAAAAUUGUGACCAUAGUAACACGAAAGAAUCUGGUACAGUCAUGAGUGACAUUGUUUUUAUUGCUCAUUCAAUUUCUGGAAAAAGUAUUUGUUUCACACCAAAGAAAUACCUCGAGAAAAUAAGUGCCAUGGUUUGUGUAGCGUCACAAAGUGGUAACUUUACACAUCAAACACAUAUCCUUUCGAAAAUGCUCUUUUUCUUUGUGUGCUAUUUAUUUUGUCCUGUAAUGACGCCCAUGGUCAAUACUUUACCUAUUUGGACCAUGCCAAGUGAUUGUGCCAAACAGUGUGCUCAGUGUGGAAGAUAUUCAGAGGAGGUUUUUGGAGCCUUUCCUAAAGAAACCAUUGAUUUACAACAAUAUCUGAAUUGUCCAGUACUCUUUUAUGCAUUGAGACAUGACAUUUUGGGAGAUGCAGCAGCUGUAAAAUUUAUUUUCAAUUAUUUCACCAAUAACAACAUGAAAGAUUACCAACCAUUACAUGAGCCAACCUCAAAAAUAGGGCACAGAGACUACCGAACAGUGACUGAAGUGUUGGCUGAUCGAUCGAACUUGUAUCAUUUUCUACAUCACUUUAUUUAUUUGAAUCGAUCGUUGGGGAAGCGAUUGGGACAUUUUGGAUUUUUCAAAAAACACAAAGGAAUGAACAGUGGUGUUUGGCAUCAUUUACUGACCUUUAUCGAUAAUGCUGUGGAAAGGAAACGACGAGAUAGAGACUCUUCCAUUGGAACAGCAUCUCCAGACUCGUCAACAACAUUCAACCACACUUCUCUCCCUCCUCUAAGGCAUUCAAAGCUGUAA